CGCGGGGCUGACGGGAAGGGAGUUCAAACGGCGCCCGGCGGGGAGCAGCGCUGCAGCCUCUACUGGCCAUGGAGUCGGUGGAUGGGGCAACGCGGUCGCUGCCCAGUAUCAGGCGGCUGUCACGGGGGCUGCCGUUUGGGCGAGCGCGUGGACGGUUCGGGCUCAGCCCCAGUGGUCGGCUGCUUCUGCCGAGAAACGCAGAUUCCCAGACAACAGCGUUUCUACUGCGCAAGCACUGGGCCUUAUACAGCGUGACUCCUCUGUAUAAGUUCUCUAGCGCUCAUCUGAAGGCUUACGCUAAACUGUUGAGUGCAUUUAUCGCUGCCGAGAAGCAGAAGGGGCUGGCGGUGGAAGUAGGGGUUGAGCUCGACAUCAAAGUGGCUGUCACCAGCCUUCCAGACCUGAAAGGUAGUGACCAAGACGAGGAUGCAAUUCUCGUGCAGCUUUCUUUAAGAUCACAAGCUUACCAAAAAAAGUCAGAAGAGAAACUGGUAUGGUCGGGCUGGUUCUGCUCUGUGUAUGGAGAUGAUCUUUCCAAGAACAUGCCAGAGGACUUCACUUGUUUACCGGUUUUUCUUGCUAAUGGGGCAGAGAGUUACACGUCCAUUGUUGGAAGUUGGUUUCAGAAGACUUUUGACUGCUGCUUCCACCGUUUAGCCAUCAGCCCUCUCAGUCUCAGUUGGAUGGCAGCUAUGUGGACUAGAUGCAAGGUAGACAAAACUGCAUCUGCCAUGGAACUUGUUUUCUCUGUCCCCCAUCUGCCCCAGCCUCUGGAUAUUUUAUAUGCCAUUCAUCCAGAGGAUGCAAAAGCUCUGUGGGACACAGUCCAAAAAACGCCAGGAGAGAUAACUCAAGAAGAGGUGAAUGUCUUUAUGGAUUGCCUUUACUCUCACUUCCACAGACACUUUAAGAUCCACUUGUCAUCUACAAAACUGGUGAAAGUUUCUACAGCAAUUGCCUCAGCACACUGUGAUGGGAUUAUAAAGUUUCUACAAAGCCAAUAUGUAAUUGAAGUGCUGAUGCUACUGACAGAACUAGCAAUCUCUCAGAUAGAGUGAGAGUCAUUUCAGCAAAUCAUGCUAAAGAGGCUACUGCUGGAAGAUGUAUGCUGAGAAACCAAGUAGAAACUCACUCCUGCAGCAUCUUCUUUCCUUUCAUGCUGGCUGUCCAAAAUUGAACUCCUAAGUCCUGCACUUGCCUCUAGCUGUAAUUCAGUGUCAUGUACAGUAAAGACAAGCAGACAUUUCUGCCCUAAAGAAGGGCUACAGUACAAACUACUAAUAGCUUCUUAAGCACCUUUGUUUUUAUCAUAGUCAUUCUGUUCAUUUAUGUGUAGGUAUCAGCCGGGGCUAGGAGAUAAACUUUGCAAAUUCUUGGAUGCAACUUGCUGACAGGUACUUCUGUUGUUUCAAAUAGCAAGUUGGUUUUCACUUAAGUAGAUAGCCUAAGCUAUACAGACCUUAAUCUUAGCUCAACUAGGACUACUCUUGGGCCAAUCUAACUGCACUCAAACACCCCAGAGAAAGGGUGCAUGCUCUACAACCCAGGGCAGAAAAAUCCAGGUUUCUAACUUCCUUUCUAGCUUGCUAAGAACAGUUGGUAAUGGUCAUAAAGUAUUCAUCUGUGUCCUGUUGGGCUAAGUUGAACAGCAUGAGACUGACAACUGCCUUUUGUGUCCAGCCUGUUGGUUCUCUUAGAUGAGUUAAUACAUCAGAAAUUAAGGGCUGUGGAUAAACUAGAUAUUGACUGUGCUUUGCCUGAUGGUUGUUGUCUUGGAUGUAAUCUUGUAGGUCCCAGAGCUCUUGGGGUUGGAGCUAUGGGUGCUAAAACUUUAUACUAGAUCUCUCCCUUCUACAGCACUUAGGAGUUCAGUUAGUGGACAGUGCCUGGUCAUAGCUUAAACAAGCAAAAAGUAAGUAGAGUAAAUAUAUGUCAAGUGUUAUAAUUUUGUAUUACAGUACUAAAUAAUAUUUGCCAUCUUUUACCAACAGAUCGGUCUUGAGCUAAGUAAAGACCAGAUAUGCUUGCUUAAAUAUAUACUUGUAGGGUGCUUACCUGAUUUAACUACCCAUUGUUGCCUAUUAAAUAAUUCUGUGAGCAGCAAAAUUUAAAGUCUAGUUUCUUAUUACAAGUGAAUUGUAUACCUUCACACUUGUGCAGCAUCUCUGAGGUGUGAUGAGUUUGUGCUGUGACAUUCUCCCUAAACAGGGCCACAAGUUUCCCUUCUUUGCCCAACCACAUAAUUUUAGGAUUUGUCAGCUGUCACUAAAAACAUUCUUCAUUCUUCUCCCCACACACUAAGAUGAACCAGCCAUGCAAACAUGUAACUACCUAAUGUGACAUAAUUGCAUACCUAGUUCCUAACCUACUUUAGCUAAUUCUGGAAAUAGAUUAUUAAAAGAAACAUGCACUUGGUUUUAGUUUUUGUUUACUAGUUGAAGAUGGAUUAUUUUUGCUUGUAAAGGUUGCAGUCUGCCAAGUGCUAACUCUUACCCUGAUAGAAGCAGCUAAGCAAUUUCCUGAAGGUCUUGACAGCACAGCAGCUAUUUAAACUAUCGCUUCUGGUGCUUUAGUUUCCUUUUAUGAAACAUCUUAGACAAAGUUUGCUAUCUUGAUUCAGAGGAACACUGGCUAAAGCAGUAGGAGGUCUGACAUAACUGGUACCUGUAUUUGAUUUGAAAACAGGACUGUUGCAGCCAUGGCUUAGUUUUAAAUCUAAUGCUCAGCUCUUUCCAACAAAUUUGCAUAGAUCUCUAAAAAACUAAAUUCCAUAUAGCCUCUUUUAACUAGUCCUUUGCCUUAAGAACACAGUCUAAUAAGCAUGUGAAUUUCCAGUGGAGUGCAUAUAUCAACUAUGGCCGUACUCAGCUUUCAAGACCAAUGUUUUGCUGUGUAUGCGUGCGUCUGCUACAGCCUAGCUGUAAGGUAGCGCUGGAAUGAAAAGCUACUUUCUCCAAAGCUACUUUGGAGAAAAUUGGAGUAUAGCCCUCAUUGGUAACUGCAGUAAAGUGACCAGAGCUAGAUUCAGCCAGGUAGUACAGCUGCUUUCUUUGAGAAAAAGCUGUUUUUGAAUGAUGUGCUUCUAAGCAAUUGAGGGUAGCAAUAAACAGCAAAGUUUUAAGCCAGUUUUACUUGGACUGGUACCUGGAAAAAACAAAACAUACCAAAAAAAACCCAGCAUCUGUGUUCACACAAACUAUACAAAAAUAUAGUCCAAUUUCACCCAAAGGAACAAACCAAGAACAGCAUAGAAGAAAUUUAUUAAGAUAGCACUAUUUAUACAAGUUACUCAUGCUAGAAAAAAGCAUAAAUGAUACAUGUAAACAUUUGUUUACAGAAUACUUGUUUUCCUUGUAAAGGUGCAAAUGAUCUUCAUAUGUAAACACAAGAAUACCGACCGUUAGGGGUAAAGGGACUUUUAAAAAAAGUUUUAAAUGGCCCAUUUAUUACUGUAGUGUAAUUUUUACUAUAUUCAAGCACAUUAAAAUCUGAGUUACAUGAAUCAAACUAUGAAGUUAAAGAACUUAAGAUGUCAGCACUGCCUUUUUCAUCUCAGGAAUUUACAGUCCUAUUACUCUUUUGAAAUCAGAUUUAGUAAGGUCCAAAUUUUUAUCAGGUGCAAAAGGUCAUUCUUUCAUACUAGAUAGAAAUUACAGUACAAAUGUAUCAGAACCUUUGAGUCUAGAGUUCCUCCUUCCUCUCCCCCUGGAUGCCUUCACAGUCACUGAAACACGAGUUACUCAUAGUGCCAGCAAACAGUCCAUCCCCUCCAAACUCUUUAAUGAGUCUCAUACCUUUUCCUGCUCUAAACACACACAGGCAAAGUGCAUAAAAAUAAAAAUAAAAAAAAAAAUCACUAAUAGAGAGGGUACCAUCUCAUCGUGGUCAGUGUUUUACAAGAGGAAUUCUAAAGACACAGACAAGAGGCAGGAGGGCAGCUAAGAUGCUGGUCUAAACUUUUUUCAGCAGCUGACCAUGUGUCUGGCAAUCUAGCAAGAACCCAAGAAGUGAGCAUUGAUCUAGGCUAGUCAGAAUUAACAGAUGACACCUGCAUCCCAGCUUCAGACAAGAAUUGAUAUCUAGCAGGCAAUGUGAGAAGAAGGUUUUUAUAAGUAAGCAACAACUAGUUGUUUCUAGGUUUACACAGGGGAGGGGAGAGACAAAAGCUGAACUUUUGUACCAUACACUGUACAGUAAAAAGGCGUUAAUUUGAAAUCCUUUUCACUCUCACCCUUUUCGGGCACUUCACUGAUUCAGUCGAUAGAUGAGAGUUCCAGUUCUAC